AUGGUUCAGGCAUAUUUUUUUGACAACAAAAACGAAAUUGAUGCAAGAGAACCACAUUGUAGUGGAGAACUGGUUGGGCUCGAUCAGUUGUCGAGACUAGGCGUUUUUUACAGAUUUAUACAUGAUGACGAUGAGGUAGAUGCGCUGGCCAAAGAAAGAAAUUAUAAGAACCGCGACGUGGUCAACAUUAGUCGAGCCAGCUUCCAAAACGAUGAACAGGCGAUGCUCAAGAAACUAGAGGUUUUCUACGAGGAACAUAUCCAUGAAGAUGAGGAGAUUAGGUACUGCCUCGACGGGGAGGGGUACUUUGACCUGAAGGACCCCAUCUGUGACAGAUGGAUCCGGGUCAAAGUUUGCAAGGGCGACCUGCUUGUUGUACCUGCUGGAAUUUACCACAGGUUCAUGCUCACGACGCAGAACUACAUCAAGGCCAUGAGACUUUUUCAGGAUGAGCCGAAGUGGCUCGCCAUUAAUAAGCCGGAUGCCGAUGCAAAUGCAGCUCGUAAGCAGUAUCUGGCAUCCAUCUCAAGUAACACGUAA